AUGCAGAAGCUUAUGAUGAACAAGGGGUACGAGACCACCGCGGAGAAGCAACCCAACCUACUAAACAGCGGAAACACAGAAAAUGGAAACGGGUUCAUAGAAUCCAUUUUUAAGAACAUCACAAAGAAUGAGUACUUCAGUGCAGGCGUCGGUAUCAUCUCCGUAGGGGCAUUCGUCACAGUGGCAAACAGACUAAACAGCUACAUGUACCAUGCAGUGAAAAAAAAUAUGUUCACGUCUCUAGAAAUUACCAUCAACGAUAGUGCAUAUUAUUGGGUUCUAGAAUACAUCGUAAAGAAGGGAAUAAUCAGUAGACACCUGAGCUUAAAAACACAGAUGCUAAAUGACAAAAAUAAAAAAACGGUCUUCUUUUCCUUCCUACCAAGUGUAGGCAAUCACCUACUCAUAUACGAUAACCGGUUCAUAUUCAUUGAGCGUAGUAGAGAGAAGACAAUGACGUCAGAUGUGAAUAGAUCUGUCCCAUUCGAAAACAUAAAACUCAGCACCUUCAUAUGGUCCAAAAAUAUUUUCUCAAAAAUUUUAACAGAUGCAAAAUUGUACAUAGAAAAAAAAGAAGAAGGGAAGACAUUACUAUAUAAAACGUUUGGGCAUGAAUGGAGACCCUUCGGAACUCCAAAAAAUAAGAGGCCGGUAGAUUCUGUUAUCCUUCCGGAGCAUCUGAGUGAGCAUAUAAUUAACGAUCUGGACACAUUUCUCAAUUCUAGCAAAUGGUACAUUGAAAAAGGGAUACCCUAUAGAAGGUGCUAUCUCCUCCAUGGACCCCCUGGGUGCGGAAAAAGCAGUCUCAUAGCCGCUCUGGCUGGUCACUUUGAUUUUAAUAUUUGCACCAUUAACGUGAAUGACGUCUACUUAACGGAUGACAGGUUUAUCCACCUGCUUGCCACGGUGCCUCCUAAAACGAUUCUCAUUUUGGAGGACAUUGACUUUGUCUUCCCCAAUCCGAGUGAAUCGAAUGCAAGGGUAGACUCCCCUAUCGAAACGUCCUCCUCCACCGCAUCCACCAUUUCAAAUUCGCUACUCAACAGUGGUAACAUAAGAACGCUAGGCGUCUCCUACAGUGGACUCCUUAACGCUCUGGACGGCAUCGUCGCCACAGAAGAGAGGAUCAUUUUUAUGACCACCAAUAAUAUAGAGAGACUUCCAAGUACCCUCAUCAGACCAGGUAGGGUAGACCUAAAAAUAUUUAUACCAUAUGCCAACACCUAUCAGUAUAGGAAAAUGUUUUUACGUUUUUUUCCCGAACAUGAGGAUAUGGCCAAGGAGUUUGCAACCAUAUUUGAGUCCUUCCACCUGAGUAUGGCUGAAAUUCAGUCCUUUUUUCUUUUUUCAAAACAUGAUCCACACAAGACCAUUCAGAAUGCCCGCCACUGGGUCAAGACCUACGCGCAGAAGGCGGGGGCACAGCAAGGAUGA